UACGUUUACUAGAUUCAUUUUGCUACUCUGCUUCUACUUUCUCACACAAGCGCCAUGGACGAAAUCCAAAUUGCUUCACUCCUCAAAUCAUCUGAGCUUUUUCCGAUUCCUCAAGGCCUUAAGCUAUCUUAUGGAACAGCUGGGUUCCGAGGCGAUGCAAAAUUGCUUGAAUCGACUGUCUACAGAGUUGGGAUUCUCUCAGCUCUCCGAUCGCUUAAGCUCGGAUCAGCCACCAUCGGGCUUAUGAUCACAGCGUCGCACAACAAAGUCUCCGACAAUGGCAUUAAAGUUUCAGAUCCAUCUGGGGGUAUGCUUUCUCAGGAAUGGGAGCCUUUUGCUGAUCAGAUCGCCAACGCAUCUUCUCCUGAAGAACUCGUCUCGUUGAUUAGAGAAUUUGUGAAGAAGGAAGGUAUUACAAUCGGAGAUAAUAAGAAAGGUGCAGAGGUAUGGUUGGGAAGGGAUACAAGACCUAGUGGUGAAUCGCUUCUCCGAGCUGCGGAGAUCGGUGUUGGUUCAAUUUUGGGGUCUGUUGCGAUUGACAUUGGGAUUUUGACAACUCCACAGUUGCAUUGGAUGGUUCGAGCUAAGAAUAAAGGUCUUAAGGCUACUGAGUAUGAUUACUUUGAGAAUCUUUCUACGUCAUUUAGGUGUUUGAUUGAUCUUAUUCCAAUUAGUGGAAACAAUAAGUUUGAGAUUAGCAAAUUGCUUGUAGAUGGUGCUAAUGGUGUAGGUGGACAGAAGAUUGAGGAGCUAAGAGGGUCUUUGAGUAAUCUUGAUCUUGAGAUUCGUAAUACAGGGAGAGAUGGAGGUGUGCUUAAUGAAGGUGUAGGUGCUGAUUUUGUGCAGAAAGAAAAGGUUGUGCCUUUAGGAUUUGGGUUAAAGGAUGUUGGGAUGAGGUGUGCGAGUUUGGACGGCGAUGCAGAUCGUUUGGUUUACUUUUACAUUCCUUCAGAUUCUACUUCUGAUGUAAAGGUUGAGCUACUUGAUGGUGAUAAGAUUUUAUCUUUGUUUGCUCUCUUCAUCAAAGAGCAACUCAACAUUCUUGAUGAUGAUAAAGAAGGGAAGCAGUCUCGGCUUGGUGUGGUGCAGACAGCCUACGCUAAUGGUGCAUCCACGGAUUACCUGAAGCAGUUGGGUUUAGAUGUUGUUUUUGCUAAGACAGGGGUAAAACAUUUACACGAGAAAGCAGCAGAGUUUGAUAUCGGAAUCUACUUUGAAGCUAAUGGCCAUGGGACUAUACUCUUCAAGGAAUCUUUCCUAUCUUGGUUAGUUACCAAACAAAAGGAUCUAACCGCCACAGGUCAUGGCGGUUCUGAAGAGCACAAAGCGGUUUCUAGACUAGUGGCGGUGAGUAAUCUGAUUAACCAAGCGGUUGGUGACGCUCUAAGUGGAGUGCUCUUGGUUGAAGUGAUUCUGCAACACAUAGGAUGGUCAAUACAGAAGUGGAAUGAGCUAUACAAGGACCUUCCUAGCAGACAAAUCCAGGUCGAAGUUCCAGACAGAACAGCGGUUGUGACCACAAGCGAAGAAACCGAGGCUCUGAAACCUUUGGGGAUUCAAGAUGCUAUAAAUUCUGAGAUCAAGAAAUACCAGCGUGGCAGAGCUUUUAUAAGGCCCUCAGGUACAGAAGAUGUGGUGAGAGUAUAUGCAGAAGCAUCCACUCAAGAAGCUGCUGAUACUUUGGCUCAUUCAGUGGCUCAGCUCGUCAAAAGCUUCCUUGGUUCAAUCUAAAGAUCUAUCUGAAUGUCUGCAAGAGUAUGUUAAUGGGAGUGUUUUAAUGUUUUUCUUGUUCAUCUCUUACCUUUCACAUAAUUUGUAUAACCUGAAUGACAUGUUCUCUUGUCUUUUUUGUCUGCUUCUUGUGAUUUACUUUGUUUCUCUUCUAGCUCUU